GCUACAUUCACCCAUAGAGCAGACGAUUUUCACCAAGAAUUGGCAAAUUUAUCAUGCGAAGUGAAUACAGACAUGAAAGACGAAGUUGCCUUAUUUAUACAGAAAGAAUAUCCAAUACAGGUAGCAUUCAUGAAUCGAAUCGCACGUUUAUGCAACGCUAAUGUCAAAAGAUUAGAUUUUAAAAAAGGUGGUAAAGAACCAGAAAUUGCUGUCAAUAAAUGGGCAUCCGAUUACAGCGCAAAUAAAAUCAAGAAAAUAACACAAUUGCCCAUCAACCAAACAACCACGUUUUUAGCAAUUGGUAUUUCAUAUUUCAAUAAUGGCGAUUGGAAAUAUCCAUUUUUGGAAACCAGACAGCAAUUAUUCUUCGCGACAGGAACAAAUGGAGAAAAGAUUGAUAUUCGAGUAGAAAUGAUGUUUGGUCGAGCACCGAUCCCGUAUUAUGAAGACAAAGAAGCCGACUAUCGAGCAAUCAUACUGCCAUAUAAAAAUAAAUCAACGCACAUGUACGUUCUUUUGCCGGGACAGGAGAAUUGGGUGGGUGGCCUUAUAUCUUCUCUACUUGAAAAAGAUUUCACAAAAAAUAUCACAGAGAAAUCCACAAUAACCGAAGUUUCUUAUGGUAUACCAAAAAUGCAUCUAGAAAUGACGAUUAACAUAAAAUCAGUAUUACAGUACUGGGGAUAUGGAACUUUAUUCGAUCCAGUAAGUGACAACUUCAGUAAAAUUACCGAUAAACAGAUACACGUCUCAGAAAUUUUACAGAAAGUUGUAAUAGACGUGAAUGAGAAGGCUGGCGAUGUCACAACCAACAUAGGUACUACUACGAGUAGUAGUCAUAUCAACAAUGAUAAAUACAUCGAUUUCACCGCUGACAGACCAUUUAUUUUUUUUAUUUACGAUGCUAAAGCCAAAGUCAUGACGUUCUGGGGCAGUGUUCUUAGACCGACCCCUUACGGAGGCGAAGCCGAUGGGGGGGUUUGGAGGGUCGAGACCCCCCCAUUGGCGCAGAGUUACUGCUAAAAUUUGACGAUUAAAAUUUCUCCAUUGCACAUGCAUAAUAUUACGACAAACCAUAUAGAAGGGUACAGUAAUGAAUAAAUAGGUUACAAUAAGUCAAUAGCUAUGAAUAAAUUACGAUCAUAUUUGUAAAUUCUCAAAUGUUACGUUUUCUGUUUAUUUUAGCUAUUCCUAGGUACCUAUUUAAAAAUUUUCAGUCUUGAAAAAGAGACUUAUUCGCCGACUUUUUUGGAACUUAAUAGCACAUUUUUGAAAUAUUUUGCUCUCACUUUGCUCGAGCUGAGUACAGUUUUUCUAUUUCUAAAUUUCUGCACCUGUUUAAGGUAGACCUACCUAACUCUUGAAAAUGUCGAAUGAAAUUACGAAAUUGACUUCUUGUAAAAAAAAAAAAAAUUAUAAUUUACUGGGUACACGGAUUAUAAUUAUUAAUUUUCAAAAACUUCGGCCUGAGCGAAGCGAAGGCCUAUUGGUUUUUCUUUUUCAAAAUCAAACUUUCUAAAAAUCUAUUAGGAAUUCAAACUCAAAAAAAUAUGCAUGCAAGUCCAAAAAUAAACUGCUCAUAUUAGAAAAAAUGUUUUUUACUUCUCAAAACACGAUAACUCGAAAGCUUUUGCCCUCACUUUGUUUGGGUCUUUUUGCUAUUCUUUUCCAGACCUGAAAUUUCUAAAAAAAAAAUCGUUCAAAAUCUGAAAUUCUGAAGCAUCCGAAUCUUCUCCUAUAAAAAAACAUUGUUCUUUUACAUAUCAAAAUCAUACUUUUCAAAAGCUUUUGCCUUCGCUAGGCUCGGGGUAAUUGAUUUUUCUCUCAUCAUGAAAAAAAAUCUGAACUUUUCUCCAACAACCGACCCCCCCCCCCUCCAGAUAUGCUCUGCCUACGCCACUGACCUCUAAUAAAUAAUUUUUACUGUAAUUUACUUUGAAAAUCUCUGUUGAAUAUCAAGCAUUUAACCAUCUUAAUAUGAAACUAAGUACUGUUUCUUUACUCAAAUAUGCGAUUGA